AUGGUGACGGAGGAAGAGGUCAAAGAUACAUCAGCUUCUACUUUAAAACCUACAAACCAAUGUAGUACUCUUUUACCAAUUCGGGUGCUUCAGGUUUUCUUGAUGCUCCUUGUUAUGGCUCUUGGAAUCUCUGUCGUUAGCAUGCACAUGAUCAAGUACUUGAAGCUUCAAACUCUUGCUCCAACCACAUUGAUCCCUACGAGUGAUGAAAUAGCUUCACUGGAGAGCUUUAUCAAGCCUCCGUCGAGUGUUUGGCACUCCAUGAAUGACAGCGAGCUUCUUUGGCGAGCAUCCAUAGAGCCACGGAGAUAUGAGUAUCCCUUUAAAAGGGUUCCUAAAAUGGCAUUCAUGUUUCUCACCAAAGGCCCACUACCAUUUGCUCCACUUUGGGAAAGGUUCUUCAAAGGGCAUGAAGGGUUUUACUCAAUAUAUGUUCAUACAUUGCCAGAUUAUAAACCGGAUUUUCCAAACUCAUCUGUGUUUUACAGAAGACAGAUUCCAAGUCAGGAUGUGGCUUGGGGAGAGAUGAGUAUGUGUGAAGCUGAAAGAAGGCUUUUAGCUAACGCGUUGCUCGAUAUCUCUAAUGAAUGGUUUGUUCUGCUCUCUGAAGCUUGCAUUCCUCUUCGAAGUUUCGACUUCAUCUACAACUAUGUCUCCAGAUCAAGAUAUAGUUUCAUGGGUUCUGCUGAUGAGGACGGGCCUUACGGGAGAGGCAGAUACAGCUAUGCAAUGGGACCAGAAGUCCAGCUAAGCCAGUGGAGAAAAGGGUCUCAGUGGUUUGAAAUCAACAGAGAACUUGCUCUUUACAUUGUUGAAGACAUCAUUUACUAUAACAAAUUCAAAGAGUUUUGUAGACCUCCUUGUUAUGUGGAUGAACAUUACUUCCCAACAAUGCUAUCUAUUCAGUAUUCUCAUCUGCUGGCUAAGAGGACAUUAACUUGGACAGAUUGGUCAAAAGGUGGUUCUCAUCCAACUACUUUUGGAAAGUCUGUUAUAACAGAGAUGUUUCUCAAGAUGAUUUCUGAAGCUCAAUCCUGUUUAUACAAUGAUCAGCCAUCUCAAGUAUGUUAUCUCUUUGCAAGAAAGUUUUCUCCAAGUGCAUUGGAGCCAUUACUCAAACUUUCACCAAAGGUUCUUGGGUUCUAA